GAUUCAACCUGCUAUGGCAAAGCAACUGUUAGCCAACUAGCCUUCAAAGGAUCCGUCUCAGUAGUGAUAGUUAGUGUAACCGCAAUGUGCCGCGUAGUGCCGUGUAGUGUUUUAGUUGCGAAAUAUACGGAAAUGCUCGCAUCCGAUCGGUGAAAGCCACGCCCACAAGCCGGCAGAUGCCAUGUCAUUGACUGCGUCACAACCACCAGCAUCUCUGUUCGAACUGCAGUUGUUGUCGAGGACACCGUCACCAUCGCCGUCGUCCUCGAUCUCGUCUAAAUCGCCACCAGAGCACUCAACGUCGUUGGUGAGCUCGUCGGUGACCUCAUCGCCAGAACAACAACGGUCGCAAAAAUCGCCGCAAACCUCACCGUCGUUGGUGUCGCUCUCCGUGCUUUUCGUACGAAGUGGUGAUCUGUCCGCGGGCUGUCACAAGGCAGUCACACUCCAGCAGUUAGAGUUAGGCGCAAAUUCAGUUUGUUUGGAGUUUCUUAGCGUUUACGUGUUGCUAUUAUCCAUACUCGUAAUAGUGCCCGGUUAUCGUCCCGUAAGAAUAGCGCAUAAGGAUGGCAAUAGGCAACUUAGUUUUAUGAGUUGAAUAGAGAAGAUGUCUGGAUUCAUGUAGCGGGCAUGCGAGCUGUCCUUCCGUGUUGCAAUGUGAAGGAACAGUUUAAGAGUUUACUUACGCUAGACAUGGAAAUGACUAUUUUAUCCGAAGCAACGCAGGCAAAACGAUAGUUCAACUGAGUGAUCUCUCUGUAUCUUUGCGUCCUUCCCCUCUCUCUAUCUGUUGCUUUCGUAUAUGUGCGUAACCAGUGGCCCUAUGGUGGGCGAUCGCGACCGAGAGCGUGAAGCGGUGCGCUGGGAACUGGGGGAAACUACACCACCCCCGUUUAAUAAUGGUGGGCCUGGUACCACGAUGUGCAGCGGUUCGGCAGCGCCGGGCAGUUCACUGCCGGGCAGCAGCUUCGACGAUGGAACCAUCAAUACUACAACGAACAUCGGCGGCUAUGGAGGCGGAGGAAGUAGCUCUGGCGGCUUCGGUGGAGCUAGCCUACCGGGUGGUGGUGGAAUUCCUGGCGGAGGAGGAACAGGCGGCGGUGGCGGCACUUCAGGCGGUGGUGGGAGUGCAAAAGAGGUACGUUACGCGCCCUUCCCUGUUCAGUCUCCGUCUCAUCCCGCUUCUGCAAGUUAUACGCAGAUGUCCCAGGCACCGCUACAAAGGGCACAUUCCAGAUCUAUGUCAUCAAUACCACCGGAGCCCUUCAUGAUAAUGCGCUCCAAGGCGCUCAAUCGACGUGUUUUGAUCAAUGUAGGUGGCGUCAAGCACGAAGUCCUAUGGCGAACACUCGAACGUCUGCCUCACACACGACUCGGAAGACUGCGCGAGUGUAACACGCACGAAGCAAUAUCGGAGCUAUGCGAUGACUACUCACUGAUAGACAACGAAUACUUUUUCGAUAGACACCCGAAGAGUUUUAGUUCGAUUCUUAAUUUCUACCGCACCGGCAAGCUGCAUCUGGUGGACGAGAUGUGCGUGCUGGCUUUUAGCGACGAUCUCGAGUACUGGGGCGUGGAUGAGCUGUAUUUGGAGUCCUGCUGUCAGCACAAGUAUCACCAACGAAAGGAACACGUCCACGAAGAAAUGCGAAAGGAAGCGGAAAGUUUACGCCAACGGGAGGAGGAGGAAUUCGGCGACGGAAAAUGCGCACAAUAUCAAAAGUACCUCUGGGAGCUCCUCGAAAAGCCGAACACUAGCUUUGCCGCUAGGGUAAUUGCCGUGAUAUCUAUUCUCUUCAUAGUAUUAUCUACGAUAGCUUUGACACUCAAUACAUUACCGUCCCUGCAAUCCGAACAUAACGGCACCUCCCAGGACAAUCCUGAACUAGCGAUGGUUGAAGCGGUGUGCAUCACCUGGUUCACGCUCGAAUACGUCCUGCGGUUUAGCGCCUCGCCGGACAAGUGGAAAUUUUUCAAAGGUGGACUCAAUAUAAUCGAUCUGUUUGCUAUUCUGCCCUACUUUGUGUCCUUGUUCCUGUUGGAGACCAACAAGAACGCCACGGACCAGUUCCAGGAUGUGCGCCGGGUGGUGCAAGUCUUUCGCAUCAUGCGCAUCCUGCGAAUCCUCAAGCUGGCCCGACAUUCAACGGGCCUGCAGUCGCUUGGCUUCACGCUGAGAAAUUCCUACAAGGAGCUGGGUCUGCUAAUGUUGUUCCUGGCAAUGGGCGUACUCAUCUUUUCGUCCCUGGCAUAUUUUGCUGAAAACGAGCCUCAGACCAAGUUUGUAUCUAUACCCGAAACAUUUUGGUGGGCGGGAAUCACCAUGACCACGGUUGGCUACGGGGACAUCUACCCCACUACUCCGCUUGGAAAAGUGAUUGGUACCGUGUGUUGCAUAUGCGGCGUACUGGUAAUCGCAUUGCCCAUUCCUAUCAUCGUUAACAAUUUCGCUGAGUUUUACAAGAAUCAGAUGCGGCGGGAGAAGGCCCUGAAGCGGCGCGAAGCCCUCGAUCGGGCCAAGCGCGAAGGGAGCAUCGUCAGCUUUCACCAUAUCAAUCUGCGCGAUGCCUUCGCCAAGAGUAUGGACCUGAUAGACGUCAUCGUUGAUACCGGUGAACAAAGUGACGGGAUGGAAUCCCCAGCAGAAUCGUUGGUUGCUACACCCUUGGCCGCCAGACGACGCCAGCCACCGUUAUCUUCCAGGCUCGCUGAGCUGAAUGAAGAGCUACGAGCCGAAUCACCGAGUAUGAUAAACAGUUUUAGCGAUUACCUUAGAUAGCCAAUCUUCCUAUGCUAAACAACCCGCCAAUAUGUCUG